CUUAUUAGGCUUCUCGGACCCUAGGAUUUUCUGUUUAUCUGAAUCCCUCAGAUUCCAGAGUUUACGACUAUGCUCUGCUUCUGCUGGUACGUAUCAACCGCUGCCCAUCGACCCUACAUGGGCAAAAAUGGCGAAGAAGGCUAUGAAAGGAAAAGAUCCGGAUAAACUGAUUUGGCACACUCCUGAAGGAAUCGAUAUCAAACCGCUCUACCUAAGGGAAGAUCGGAAAUGCGACGAGCACAGAGAAAUCGAGGUUUGUCACACGGAAAAUGUUAUGUUAACAAGAUCUUCGAGAUAG